GCUAACCCAAAGCACGAGGGAUUAAUAUUCAGGAGUGCCUUCUACUAAAGUGCGACAGUCAGUAGAGCUAAAAGGAUGGUACCUAUACCAGGGAGCUAACCCAAAGCACCUGACUAAUACAAAUAUUACAAAGUACCAUCAUAUUUCACAUCAAAUUUUCUGGACUCUUUUCAUCUGGAGUUGUGAAUCCGUGAUGCAGACACGGAACAAUAUAUGAAAAGUACUUAUUUGUCGUUCAUGACGGAUCGGUUUUCGGAUGCAGACGAAGUUGGUGUGCAACCCACUCUUAGCACCUGACAAACCUUCCCAAUUGCUGCUGCUUCUUCGGACGCGCUUCUGGAUUUCCUAUUUUUGUCACCUUCUAUGCAGAAUAUACCCAAUUGUUAUCCGAAAUUCCUGACCUCUCCCCCAAACUAACCUCCUUGAUACGUUUGGGGGAACCGUGCUCCAUUUAAGAUUUAUUCCAGAAAGUCGUUCCUUGGGUCGAAAAAUUUGUCUUUGGCAAGUUUGGAGUAUAGGGUUUUCAAAUUGAUCAACAUCCAUCAACACGGUUCUUUUUUUGACGCCGAAGAGAGGGUCAAAAGUGUUGUGGAUGGAGGGUGGUUUGGCCUGAGCCUGCAUUCGUUGUUAUAAUCUGGAAUGUCAAGAUGCUGCCUCUAAAUAAAAAAGGAUUCAACAAUUUGAGCCGUUUCUUUCAUUUGGCUGAAUGGCAUCCGUUAGAAUAGCCAAGCCGAUUUGGGCUUGAAGCCCUCUCCUCCUGUUAAUCAGGUGUUGGAAUAAAUUUUUUUCUUCCGUUGCUGAUAAUUAAAAUAACUCUGAUUCAAGUUUCUCAUGUUGAGUAAGAUUGUUGCGAGAAUCAUAGGAUGCUGCGGUUGCUUUGGCUUUGGUUUUGGUUUUGGUUCUAGUACAAGGCACAAACGACAACUGAGCCCAACUUAUGGCUUCAAUAAGCACCAUUCCCUGGAGUUGUUGUUGGAUGAAGAAAUGGAAGAUGAUGGCGACUGUUCAUACAAUGGUGAUGUUACUGAUACCCCUCAAGGAGAUGAUGCCGAGUUGCACAGUCCCCCAAAAUGCUCUGAAGAGAUUUUAAGGCUCCGAGAAGAGAAAGGAAUGAUUUGCAGGCAAUAUCCUGUCCAGGAAACCAAUAAAGUUGUUCGAUUAGAGGAUGAAAAUGGCAAUAAGAUGGUCAAUGAGUAUGUUCGGGAGUGUAAAAUUGGUGCUGGUAGCUAUGGGAAAGUGGUUUUAUAUCGAAGCAGCAUAGACAGGAAGCAUUUCGCAAUUAAGGCAUUUCAUAAAUCUCAUUUAUUAAAGCUACGAGUUGCACCUUCAGAGACUGCCAUGACUGAUGUGCUUCGAGAGGUUCUAAUCAUGAAAACAUUGGAUCACCCUAAUAUAGUCAAUCUCAUCGAGGUGAUUGAUGACCCAAACACCGAUCACUUUUACAUGGUUCUUGAAUAUGUGGAAGGCAAAUGGGUUUGUGAGGGUUCGGGGCCACAAGGUGGCUUGGGAGAAACCACAGCAAGAAUGUACCUGCAGGAUAUAGUUUCUGGGCUUAUGUACCUUCAUGCUCAUAAUAUUGUGCACGGUGAUAUUAAACCAGAUAAUUUGUUAGUUACUCGUGAUGGUACAGUAAAAAUAGGGGAUUUCAGCGUCAGCCAGGUAUUUGAGGAUGACAAUGAUGAGCUUUGUCGUUCCCCUGGUACUCCUGUAUUCACUGCUCCUGAGUGCUGUCUUGGCCUAACCUAUCGUGGCAAAGCCGCAGACACGUGGGCUGUGGGAGUUACUUUGUAUUGUAUGAUUCUGGGUCAAUAUCCAUUUCUGGGGGAGACACUGCAGGAUACAUAUGAGAAGAUUGUUAAUAGCCCCUUGGUUCUCCCAGAUGAUAUGAACCGGGGGCUGAAGAACUUGCUCGAGGGACUUCUUUGCAAAGACCCAAACAUGAGAAUGACAUUGGAGGCUGUUGCAAAGCAUAGCUGGGUUAUUGGGGACGCUGGGCAAAUUCCUCAGUAUUUAUGUUGGUGCAAGCAAAAGAGCCUGCAGAUGGGAAAAAUCUAAAAGGCGGGAUGGGAAACUGAGCUAGAACAUAAUCUCCUUAGGUUCUACCCUAGUAUUAGAUCUAAUAUAAAUCAAUAUUUGAUUCAUUUUUCUAUAUAUAUGAUUUCUUUAUUUGUAUAUUGAGUCGUAGCGGCUGUUCAUAUACAUUUUUAUUCAUGAGAUUAUGGACCCUCUCUCUAAAGAGAAGUCAAAAAAAUUUAUUCGUAUUUUUUAAAUUGACUGUAUAGCGUUUGCGUAUUCACGGCUGUGAUUAUAAUUUCUCAAUUAAAAACUUAUAGUCUGUAAUCUUUCUGCAUU